CAGAAAUGAUUCCAAAAAAUGUAGAAGUCUUUGCCUAGUAGGUCACUGCAAAGUGCUAAAAUCUGAAGAAAGGAAGAGCAGUUCACAAAUGCUUAUCUUCACAUUGUUCAUUGGGCUGCCCUAACCUCCCCUGCUCCCAGAGAAUGCCAGAUGGCUUUACAAUUGAGGUGGUUCAAACACAGAAGGCCCUUUUUCCUUUUAUUAAUUGCUCAGCUAUGUGUACAUUGGCCCCCACACCUGCCACCUGACCAGCGCGGCUUCUGCCUCCCUCAGCACUGCCAGCCGGGGGUUUUCUUAGACUCAUCCCCUGGGCCACCUUCCGCUCCUCUCCCUCCCUCUGCAUUAACAUCCAGGCCACCCUCAUUACUCCUUGGCAGCCUAGCUUGGGUUGGCCUCCCCAGCCAGCCUUCCAGACUAUUCUUUCUCUCCCUUGCAGCCUGUCUUGCACACCACUGUGGCCAGGUCAGUCUUUCUGAGAAUACCAUUUCCUCACAUCAUGGCCCUGUUUACAAAGCAGUUUCCCAUUUGCCUAUCACAUCAGAUCAAAUCAGAACUCUUCGGCUCUGGAUUGAAGCCGACGCCACUGUUCCUGGCAAGCCUCAUUGCCCUCCGAUCCCGGCGUUGGCCUCCGUCCCUGUCAGGUCUUGUACGAUGAUGCUGCUCUCUGCCAUCCUGCCGUCUCCAGCUCUGCCUGCAUGUUGGUCCUGCAUUGCUCUCCACCUCACACACUCUUAUUCCACGGCUCUGGCCAGUCCAAAGCAUACAUGGCCCAGUUAGUUCCCUUUUACUUGAAAUAUUCCCUGAGGAGCCCCCAGGUAUUUUUCCUUACUCACUGGAGACUUGUAGUCAGGGCCACACUGAUGUCAUUUGGGAAUUAUUUGCAAAGUCACAGAUCUGGACUUCUCUCUCCAGCUAAAUCAUGAGUUCCUCAGCUAAAUCACGGGCCCACAGUUCUGCAGCAGCUGGUAAACACUUUUAGUCACGGAAGGAAGCCUUUUUCGGUUCUCAGCUCUGCCAAGGAACUUAUUUCACGUACACAAAACCACAAACCGUGAGAGGAUUGCUGCCUGUAUCCUGUUCCCCCUCAUCUUUUUUUUUCUUUGAAAAGAUGGUAAAGCUGAUUAUAAGAAUUGAAAUAACGUGGCCCUAGAACUACACUCUGACUCUGAUCCGCGUGUCCUGCCCACAGCACCAGGCCACGAAGACAGACCAUGUCGCUAUCCUCACAUUUGCUUGUAACUUAGGAGGCUUGCCAGUAAAAUCGAUACUAACAGUGGACGUACUUCUCUUUGAAUAAGUUUAUUCUAUUUCCUUCUCCCAUUUUCUUUAUUUGUUGAAAAGAAUGGUGCUGAUUGAGAAGCCAAAUAUUGUUAACCAUUUUCCCCAUCUGGCACGGUUCUUUUGCACAGCACUGGAUUAGGCCAGGGGACUGGCCUAACCCUGCAAAUAUCAGGAAAGGACUCUUCUAGGGAAAGUCGUACUAAUCUGAAUUGAUCACUAGAAAUACAUGGUCUCCACCUAAAAGAUGCUUUGUCACUUAAAAGGCUGAGUAGUCAUCAUAAUGUAAAGAAACCUCUAUUGUCAUGCAACCAUUUGCACCCAGACAUUGUGCCUGGUUGGCACUUAACAUUUUAUCACUUGAUUCUCACACCACCCUUGCAAUGUGAUGAAACCAAGGCUCCUAGGUGCUAAGUGACAUUCCCCUAGUCAUGCAGCCUAGUGCUAGUCACACAGCCUAGUGGUAGAGCGAGGAUUCAAACCCAGUUUUUGUUUUCCUUUGAGCUGGAGCUGCAAGAAAAAAAAAAGAAAGAAAAAACAAACCUAGGUGUGACUCCAAAUCCUGAGCUCUCCACUGUGGGCCAUCGUAGCCUCUUUUCCUCUAGUAUUUGUGGGUGGUUUUCAAGGGCUAAGAACGAUCCUCAUAAUAAGUCAGUGAGAUUACCGCACAUGAGAACAGCAUGUCUCAGCCUCUGAGGUGAGCCGGUACAAGCUCCAGCUUCUGUGAUAACACCUCCCUCCUGGUUUGAGA